UCUUUUGGGGGAUUUUGAAAGCAGAAAAUUUUGUCGGUCAUAAAUAAUUUCGUUUCUUAGCAAUAGAAAUUUCCGGGGAAGAGGGAAUAUAGUGAAUAUCUGAAUCGGAGGGAAAGAUGGCGGAGGAAGAAAAGAAGAAGAGGGUGGUGGUGGAGUCGCUAGGAUGGCUAACGGAGUCUUCCAUCAUGCCCAAGAAGCACCGCGCCAUCGAAGGCGUCGGCGCCUCCUCUAUCCUCGAACUCAAAGCCCAUCUCUACAAAUCCCAGGAAGAAUCCAAGAAAUCCAAGGAAUUAAACGGUCCCGAUGUUGAGUACCACCGCGCCAAGAAAAAAAUUGCCCCUCACGAUACCUUCUCCUUCAAAAACUCCGGCGUUGACGCUCGCGCCGUCAAGGACAAGCUGGAGCUGAAGGCGGUGAAGGAUGGAUCUGCCAGUUACGCGGCACUGGAGAAGAAAGCUAAAUUAUAUGAUAAGUUAGUGAGAGGGGAGUUGUCGGAUGAGGAAGAUAAGGAGAAGUAUUGUGUUGACUUUUUCAGGAAGGGCAUUGAGGAGGAGGAAUCCCAGCAGCCUCAAUCUGAAUCAUGUAAUCGUGCUUCGGAUAAUUUACAAGCAGGAGAUCAAGGCGUUGAGAAUGAUGAUGGUGCUUCUUUGUUUAACACCAAGUUUGUAGGGCCUGGAAGAACAACUGGAAUCAUUGACAACGAUGAGCAUAAGCGUUUUGUAAGAGAAGUUCAUGAAGAAGCAAAUCAAGCGAGGGGGAGGGUGUCUGAGCUUAAAUUACGAAGGCAGGAGCAAUCAAUGGCUCGUCGUGAGAAACUCAGGCAAGCCUAUCUUCGGAAACAACUGGAGAAGCUGAAAUCUGCAUCAAAAACAGAACAUACUUGAUUGAGUAGAGAUGGAAAGUCUUGUCUCUACGUUUAUCUGCCCUUUUUGGUUGAGGUUGAUUUUGCUGUCAAAAUUCAUUUCAUAUUGUGCUUGAGUUUGCAGCAUUGGCGUAGAAAAUAAAAACAAGUUCGGAGUUCCCAACAAAACACAUUAUAGCCAAUGAACAUAUUAUAGGAUUAUAACUCGGAUUUUAACAGUCAGCAGGCUAAAUUUGGUAGAAGUAGAAUAUUGGGUUUUAUCUAUGCUUUGUAACCGUAAAC